AUGUCGCAUUUGCAAUACUACAACUAUGAAGGCGUCGGCCAAAGAAACCAACAAAAAUUCAGCUAUAGCCAAGCAGUCCGCAUUGGCGAUCGAAUUGAAUGUGCAGGACAAGGUGGCUGGGACCCGAAGACCGGUGUGUUUUUUAAAGAGAUCAACGAACAGAUCGACCAGGCUUUUGCCAAUGUUGAUCUGAACCUAAAAGACGCGGGCGGGAAGGGCUGGGAGCAGGUGUUCCGCGUCAACUCGUACCACGUUCCAAUCAAUGAUGAAGCUUUGGAAGCGAUGGUCCGCAACUUCAAGCGCUGGAUGCCAAAUCACCAACCGAUUUGGACCUGCGUCGGCGUGACAAGACUCGGAGAGGAUGAUAUGCGGGUUGAAAUUGAGGUGGUGGCCCAUGAUCCGUGA